GGGCUCCAAUCCCACCAUGCCAUAUUUGACACCUGUGUCACUUUUGAAGAGGGCCAAGCUGCUGUGGGCUGUCUUUUCUUCCAGUUUGAAACUGACGCCUGCCGGGCAGAGAAGAGAAACGGGAUAAUGAGGGGACAUGUUCUAGAAGCAGCACGAACCCAUGCAGUCCCUGAGGACCAGCAGUGGUGACUAGGAUCUGUGAGCAUCACUGGAGAAGAUGCAGCUUUUUCCCCGCUCUCUGUCUUGUGGUUUAAAAGGCCAGGCUGAGGAUUUGGAAAAGGAGGUGCUGGCAUGGAUUGGGGGUAGGGAAUCUGGGCUCGGAGAAAGCCAGACACAGCAAAACUAUUCUGUCCCAGAGCUGCAGGGUCCACAGAUUCCAGCCCAAACCAGCCAAUGGGAGAAGGCCCUCUAAUCCCAGAGAACUAAAGAAUUCUCUUCAGUUAUCCACCUUCACUGCUGAACCCUACUCCUGACCUCCACCCCCACCCUUACCCCUGCCCCAUUCAGAGGAGCCUGGAGGCCCCCAGGAGCACAGUCUCAUACUCCAUGAAGUGAAUCCAGCUUGACUGGCCUUCCAAGCAGAGUUUGAAGAAUGUUCUAAUGGAAAUGUCAGCCAGGACUAUGAAGCCCAACUUUGACAUGAAGAGAAAGGCAGACUCCUCCAGUCCCCCUGUUCUUGGUCCCUUUCUCUCAGAGCCUCACACUAGCCCUGGCCCUACCCCCCCCAACCCCGCCUCACACCCAUGGCUCUGCUCACCUCCCAUUUGAGAAGGGAGGGGAAAAUGCAGUUGAUUUGCAUUUAGAAAAUGAUCAUGGGCCCGGCCCUCUGCAGCAGUGAAGGGGUUAAGAGGCUGGGCCAGCCACCUCAGCCUGCCCCUCCCAGGGAUUAAGAGUCCUCUAUAAAGGGGACUGUUCAUCCAGAUCGCGCCAGGGGGGUAUCAGGGACCCAGGCAUCGUGCCCAUCCCCCCUGCCAUGUGGGAACUGCGGUCAGCCUCCUUCUGGAGGGCCAUAUUUGCUGAGUUCUUUGCCACCCUCUUCUAUGUCUUCUUUGGGCUGGGGGCUUCACUGCGUUGGACCCCGGGACCACUUCAUGUCUUACAGGUGGCUCUGGCCUUUGGCCUGGCCCUGGCUACCCUGGUGCAGGCUGUGGGCCACAUCAGCGGAGCCCAUGUCAACCCCGCCGUCACUUUCGCCUUCCUCGUGGGCUCCCAGAUGUCUCUGUUCCGUGCCUUCUGCUACAUGGCAGCCCAGCUCCUGGGAGCAGUGGCUGGAGCCGCUGUUCUGUACAGUGUUACCCCGCCUGCCGUCCGAGGAAACCUAGCACUUAAUACGUUGCACCCUGGGGUGAGCGUGGGCCAGGCCACCAUAGUGGAGAUCUUCUUGACACUCCAGUUCGUGCUCUGCAUCUUUGCCACGUACGAUGAGAGGCGGAAUGGCCGCCUGGGCUCCGUGGCCCUGGCUGUUGGCUUCUCCCUCACCCUGGGGCACCUCUUUGGGAUGUAUUAUACCGGUGCAGGCAUGAACCCUGCCCGCUCCUUUGCUCCUGCCAUUCUUACCAGAAGCUUCACCAACCACUGGGUGUACUGGGUGGGCCCAAUCAUUGGCGCGGGCCUGGGCAGUCUCCUUUACGACUUUCUCCUCUUCCCCCGGCUCAAGAGUGUUUCUGAGAGACUGUCUAUUCUCAAGGGUGCCAGGCCCAGUGACUCCAAUGGACAACCAGAGGGCACAGGGGAACCUGUUGAACUGAAGACCCAGGCACUGUAAAAGCUCCAGCUGGAUCAGAAGGAGUAGGAAUCUUCUGGGUUUACAUGGAGGGGCCUGGAUGAAGAAAGAGACUGUGGGAGGGGCAUGUACUUCUUUAUUUUUAAAUUUAUGUGUGUGUGUUUUUUUGCCUUUUGCCGUGUGAAAUCUUUCAAGUUGCAUUCAUGAGCUGGUUGGUGCAAACUUCCCUUCCUCCCCA